GGAGGAGGAGAUACGCAUCUUUAUUCAAGUGGAUGAGAACUUCGGGUAUCUUUCGGGCGUUUCUGGAGGCGCGCAAGGACGUUUGGAGUUCUGAGAGAUGCUUUGCGUGAUCUCCGGUGGUGAUGUCGCUCUAUUUGCGUUCAGAACAAAACUAAGAGAUCAUUUCAAUGACUCAAUGUGCUUAUUCUGAGGACCAAAGGAGACGUUUCUGUAGGAUUCUCAGUGCAGUCCGGAGACGUGAUGUCUACGAGCACUUCUUCCGUGUUCUUGGUAUUGCUGAGUGUGCUUCAGGCAAACAGCCAGACGGAAAUGAAGAGGGUGGUCGGUGACAACGCCACGCUGCCGUGCCACCAUCAGCUGUGGCAGGCCGACAUCUCUCUGCUGGACAUCGAGUGGAUGCUGCAUAAAUCCAGCACACGGCAGAAAGUGUUGAUCACAUACUUCGCGGGUCGAAUCUAUAACCCCAACGAGAGCGAGGCGGGGCGGCUGUCCCUGACGGGCGACUACCUGAAGGGCGACGCUUCGCUUAUGAUCAGCGACCUCCUGCUCACCGACUCUGGAGAAUACAUCUGCAAGGUCAAAAACGGAGGAAAGUACUACUGGAACACGGUCAACCUCAUCGUGCUCCUGAAACCGUCAAAACCACGCUGCUGGAUGGAAGGUCGUCUCCUGGAAGGAAGUGAUGUCAGAAUGAGCUGCAAGUCUACAGAUGGUUCUGACCCCAUUAGCUACAAAUGGGAGAGAGUGUUGGACAAGGGAAAAUAUGCUGGCAAGCUGCCGCCUUUGGCCCUCAUAGAUCUAAAGAACCCGGAGAUUGUGACGUUGAGAAAUUUGUCAAGGGAAAGCGCAGGUGUCUAUAAAUGCAUGGCCAGCAAUGAUGUCGGGGAGGAAAGCUGCACUCUAGAGGUCAAAGUUCACUAUGUCCGAGGCAUGGGCGUGGUGGCUGGCGCCAUAGUGGGCGUGUCCUUCGGCGUGCUCCUCAUUAUCCUCAUCAUCUGGCUAGUUUUCCGCAAAAAGGAGAAAAAGAAGUAUGAAGAGGAGGAUGCCCCCAAUGAAAUAAGGGAGGAUGCUGAGGCUCCCAAGGCCAAGUUGGUGAAGCCCAAUUCGCUCUCCUCCUCCCGGUCCGGUAGUUCUCGCUCUGGGGCCUCUUCCACGCAGUCUAUGGUGCACAACAGCGCCCCCCGUGUGCCCAGGCCUCGACCGCCCGUUGUGGCUGCCGUCAAGGAGGGCGGACAUCCCGAAAAAUUCUCUCCGGUACCACCUGCGUACAACCACGUGGUCCCGAAACUUGCAGAGCCUGGCAGCAGCCCCAAACCCAGCCCGGCAAAGCUCAACCCAGGGAACCUGGCAAGGAUGGGUGCCACACCUGUGAUGAUUCCUGCCCAAACCAAGGCAUUCCAGACUGUUUAAGAACACCUGCGGACCAAACACACAAAUACACACAACACACAGAUAAACACACACACUGCAGUGCGCAGAUCUGAAAUCAGGAAAGUUUUCAUUUCUACGUGUCAAAUUCUUUGCAGGGAUCAGACCAUCCUUUUUUUAUUUUGAACGUCGAAUCCCUUUCAUGUUUUCUAUUGUCACGCUAAGGUUGACCUGAAGUGGAGAGGGGGGCUGUGACUUGUUACGUUAUGUUUGAACAAACCGAAGCAGAAACACAGCUCUGGCUUUACCAAACAUGUACUGUCCACGCUUGGAUAAAAUUGACAGCUUCAAAACUGAAGAAAUAUAGUGCUCUCGAGGACUCUCUCCAGCACCCGCUCAUCCGCCCCACAAGGAUUCACACCUGUCACUCAUUUCCUCGGCCAAUCGCCAUUUGCCAGGCAGCCCGGCGGGCAUUACACCUCAACAGCCAAUGGCAGGUCACCCGCUGGGCACAGACGCUACGAUUGGCCCCAAACAUGGAGAACCAACAAAACAGUAGAUUUGUUUGAUCCUCUAUAGAGAUAUAAAUGUUCAUCUUUAGUAGGCAUUUAUAAAAACUGCAUAUAAAUAUUGUGUUUAAGCAUCAACUAGCAGCAUCUAAGUCAUUUGUAAUGUGUUUCGUUCCCUUUAAAACGUUCAUUUAUAGCUGAAAAUGUUUCUUUAUGAUAAUAUAAACAGGAUCUUCAGUAAUGGGGUUGAUUAUGUCGACUGGGAAAUGCUUUGGAUGUUUGGCUCCGGUUAUGAUGUCUGGUAUUUGCAAUUGAAAUCAUAUCUCUUGUUGGUGUAUCCCAUUGGAUGCAAGUAAGAUGAGGUCGGUCCAGGCUUUUUCAGCAACGGUAUGUUAGAAACGAAUCGCUCCAUUUUCAAUCUGUCUGAAUGAUCUAAAUGAAACUGAACGAUCGGGCCCAAAACAUGUUGCAGAUUGCCACAGAAUUGGAACGCACAUCAGUUUUCAAAGUUUUCCGCAUCCCCUUCCCCAUGCAUGUUUGUUUAUUCAAAAUUUUGCCUAAUUUGAUGAUAUUUUAGAUACGUAUGUAGUACUUUCAGCUCAUUUAAAGACGUUUUGUGACAUUUAUAUUAAUUGCAUACAGAUUUUUCCCCCAAGUAGGUGAAGAAUAUCUGAAAAAUUUAAUGAUCGAUCAAUGAGCUAUCUUUUGAAUGUGUUCAAUAUUAUAUAGCUGGCUUUUGGCGAUUUUCAUUUCUCUUUCUCUUUUAAGAUUUUUGCCUUUUUCGCAAACAAUAUAUUAUUGUAUCUGCAGUAGCUUAGAAACUUUCAGUUGUUUAAAUAGCAUUUACUUAUUUUUCAACCAGCAGGUUAAAGGGAUCGUUCACCCCGAAAUGAAAAUUCUGUCAUCAUUUACUCUUGUCGUUUUAAACCUGUAUGACUUUUCUUUUUCUGAAAAACACAAAAGAAGAUAUUUUAAAGAAUAUCGGUAAACAAAAACUGUUGGUCCCCAUUCACUUCUAUUGUACGGACACCAAACCAAUGCAAGUCAAUGGGGACCAACGGUUUUCUUUUACCAACAUUCUUCAGAAUAUCUUCUUUUGUGUUCUGCAGAAAAAAGAAAGUCAUACAGGUUUGAAACGACAAGAGGGUGAGGAAACGAUGACAGAAUUUUUAUUUUGGGGUGAACAAUCCCUUUAAUUUGAUCAGCUCACUAAUGUCAUAUCUAAUCAUUUGUUUUCAGUUUACCCUCUCAUAUUUUAUACGUUUGAAUGACUUCUAGUGCUUGUAGGGGUACCGGAAUCCACGAACACACAACCAGCUGUGUUUUGAGACCACAUUUAGCAACAGCAGGGGACACAACCUCGGUUUCUUCCCCCAAAAGAGACCGUCUUGUUUUUUAUUUCAUCAGAAUGAAUUAGAUGGCUGAACAAGAUGUCCGACCUGAUUCAAAGUGACAGAUCGUGUGGGCAAUGCCUUUAAGGACAGAACAAUGUUGUUUUCCCAGACAACCUGGGAAUAUCCCGAUGCUCUAUGCAUGGAAAAAGACUUGUCGCAGCUUUUUAUGCUUGAAGAGGCACUAAAGCCUGACCUUAUUUAUCUAAAUCCUUCAAGAACUCUUAGGGUCAGCGCAGAAGAACACAUGGAUGAGCACCGAGUUUCAUUGAUUUAGCCCACAGCCCGGGCGAUUCUCCGGCUUUGAAGUCUCUUUCGGCGCACAGGAAAAGUGAGGAGAUGAAGUACGGAAGGGACUAAUGUUUAUUAGUCCUCCUUUGCCCCCCGCUGUGAAUGUGCUGCUGUUGAUAUGUGCUGAGACGCAUGGUUCAGCUGAGUUUGUGUUUGGUCAGUUCCAGCUGAGCUCUAAUGUUAAACCCUCCGCAUACAGUUGCUUGAGAGAAUGUGCAUCUAAACAUUAUUGGCAAUGGACCUGCAUGACACAGAUAGCUAGAGAAAGAAGAGUAUUUUGGCUACAUGCUAUAGCAGUACAUUAUAUUCUAAAAGUCUUAUAAUGAAAAGGUUUUGGGUUCAAAUGUUUUUGAUGUAAAUACAGAUUUUUUCGUUCUCAGAACUUUCAACAUACCGAAUAAAGAUUGAAUGAAAUGAUUUCACAGCUGUGCUCUCUAUAGUUUAGUCGGGUCAGUCUGAUGUUUUAAGACCGCAUGAGUAAGGAAACCACCAGUAUUUUUGUAAAUGUUACUGGUUUGUCAAAAGACAAAAGCCUUGUACAUAUUUCCCUUCAUUUCAAAUGUAUAUUUGUACAGUAUCUUAAUGAAUUUCUUUUGGUUUGUAAUAAAGCAUUCAAUGGCAAACCAAUGAAGAUAUUGUUCUUUUGUUCAUGCACAGUAGCUCAACUGGUGGAGAAAUGUGCUCAGUGCUUCAUUUAAUUCCAUGAAAAUUUUAGGAACUACUGGAAGUUUGAUCAUUUUUUUCUAUAUACUCAGAAAAACCAAAGACACCCAGACAAAAACAAUCUGAUAUAAGGUCACAUA